CUGAACUAUGUUUUAACUUUAACUGCAAAUAUGAUAACUAAUGUUUUCCUCUAUUCUCCCAUUUAUUUUGUAGAUCAGGGAACAGAGAAACAUGAAGGAACAGUUACUUCCUCUGGGAUUACUGAUCAGGAAAAGGAGUUGUCAAGUAGUGCACUGCAAGCUUUCAUUGCUGGGAAUUAUGAUGCUUGUCUGCAACACCUGAGCUGUUUGCAAGAAAUAAACAAAGAUGACUACAAAAUAAUUUUGAAUACAGCUGUUGCAGAGUUCUGUAAAAGUAACCAAACUACAACAGACAACUUGAGACAAACACUUAAUCAACUGAAGAAUCAGGUUCAUUCAGCUGUUGAAGAAAUGGAUGGCUUAGAUGAUGUUGAAAACAGCAUGCUUUACUACAAUCAAGCGAUUAUUCUCUAUCAUCUGCGUCAAUAUACUGAAGCAAUAUCAGUCGGAGAGAAACUUUACCAAUUUAUAGAACCUUUUGAAGAGAAAUUUGCCCAGGCUGUGUGUUUCCUGCUCGUAGACCUGUAUCUGCUAACUUUUCAAGCUGAGAAAGCCUUGCAUCUGCUUUCUGUUUUGGAAAAAAUGAUUUCACAGGGCAACAACAAUAACAAAAAUGGAAAAAACAAUGAGAUAGGUAAUAACACAAGUAAGGAGUUAUCUAAUCAAAGAGCUGAAAGUGGAGCUUUAAUCGAAGCUGCAAAAUCUAAAAUACAUCAGUAUAAAGUGAGAGCCUAUAUUCAGAUGAAGUCUCUAAAAGCAUGUAAAAGGGAGAUCAAGUCAGUUAUGAAUACAGCUGGAAAUUCUGCUCCUUCUCUCUUUCUUAAGAGCAAUUUUGAAUACUUGAGGGGUAAUUAUCGGAAAGCAGUUAAACUAUUAAACAGCUCAAACGUUGCUGAACAUCCAGGAUUUAUGAAAACAGGUGAAUGCUUAAGGUGCAUGUUUUGGAACAAUCUCGGCUGCAUUCAUUUUGCUAUGGGAAAACACAAUUUAGGAAUUUUCUACUUUAAAAAGGCCCUGCAGGAAAAUGAUAAUGCUUGUGCACAACUAGGAACAGGUAGCACAGACCCAGGCAAGAAAUUUUCAGGGAGACCUAUGUGUACAUUGCUGACUAAUAAACGGUACGAGUUGCUAUACAACUGUGGAAUUCAGCUUUUACAUAUUGGGAGGCCCCUGGCUGCUUUUGAAUGCUUGAUAGAAGCUGUCCAAGUCUACCACUCAAACCCACGCCUUUGGUUGAGACUAGCAGAAUGCUGCAUUGCUGCCAACAAAGGGACAUCAGAACAAGAAACAAAAGGUCUUCCAAGCAAAAAAGGAAUUGUACAAUCUAUAGUAGGCCAGGGCUAUCAUCGUAAAAUAGUCCUUGCAUCGCAAUCAAUACAGAAUGUUGUUUAUAAUGAUGGGCAGUCCUCAGCUAUCCCUGUAGCCAGUAUGGAAUUUGCAGCAAUUUGUCUAAGAAAUGCCUUGCUGUUGCUGCCAGAGGAUCAGCAGGAGCCAAAACAGGAAAAUGGAUCUAAAACUAAUACCCAGCUCGGGGGAAGUACAGAGAACAAUGAAAGCAGUGAAGCAUGCAGCAGUAAAAGUCAUGAAGGAGAUAAAUUCAUUCCAGCUCCACCUUCUUCACCUCUGAGAAAACAGGAAUUAGAAAAUUUAAGGUGCUCAAUACUAGCCUGCAGUGCUUAUGUUGCUCUGGCUUUGGGCGAUAACCUUAUGGCUUUGAAUCAUGCGGAUAAACUUCUUCAGCAGCCAAAGCUGUCAGGAUCUCUUAAGUUUCUUGGCCAUUUGUAUGCUGCAGAGGCCCUCAUCUCUCUAGACAGAAUCUCUGAUGCCAUUACUCACUUGAACCCUGAGAAUGUGACUGAUGUUUACUUGGGGAUCUCCUCAAACGAGCAAGAUCAAGGGUCAGACAAAGGAGAAAAUGAGGUGAUGGAAUCUUCUGGCAAGCAGACACCCCAGUGUUAUCCCAGUUCAGUCACUUCUGCACGAACAAUGAUGUUGUUUAACCUCGGCAGUGCUUACUGCUUGCGAAGUGAAUAUGACAAAGCUCGCAAGUGUCUUCACCAGGCUGCUUGUCUGAUCCAUCCCAAAGAAAUUCCCCCAGAGGCUAUUCUACUGGCUGUCUAUCUUGAACUUCAGAAUGGCAACACUCAACUGGCACUGCAGAUCAUCAAAAGAAACCAGCUUCUCCCUUCAGUGAAAACACACCCUGAUAUGCGAAAGAAGCCAGUAUUUCAGCCAGUCCACCCUGUCCAGCCCAUUCAGAUGCCAGCUUUCACCACUGUCCAAAGGAAAUGAAGGACGGAUUGCACUGACAGGCCCUGUGGAGGAGGGCUUGUGAGUUUGUAUAUUUUUUUAAACUGUGUCUCAGACACUUGAAUACCAGGCAUAUUGGAAUGUGCUGGCUUGUGUACAUUUUUAAUAAAAAACAUUUCAAUGAAAAA